AUGGCCAGCCACUCAGGGCCACCAAUCGACCAAAUCCCCAAUAAGCCGGAUGCGAUCCCGUUCCUAACUCGGAACCAAAUCAAGACCAACAUCGCCUUGGGCCAGGUCUUAGUGCUUCAUCGUUCGUACGUUUACCAGCUCAAUUCAUGGCUCGCCAAACACCCCGGCGGCGAACUCGCAAUCUUACACUUCGUCGGACGAGAUGCAACGGAUGAAAUCGAGGCUUACCAUCCAGAGAAACUCAUCAAACAGAUGAGGCCAUUCAUUGUUGGCCGCGUCGCACCGGAAGAAUGGGAAGAUGAAAAAACGGGAGGGGGUUGGAAGCCUUUAAAUCCACCCAUCCAAAUCGGUUUGUGGCCAAUGCCUAGCAUCGAUCAUCAACCCGAACUUCUCAGGAAAAACCCGGAUGAUCACAAAAUAUCGGAUGGUUUAGCAAUCCUCGAUCACACCCUUGGUUCCAGUUUGCGCGCAGUCCCCGCCUCUUCGAAAAACUUACCUCAUUCCAAUCACGCCACUCCAUCAACAAGGCUAGACGAACGCCUGAGAGCCUUGGAACCACCAUCCGAUGCUCUCCACGAAGCACUACAAGAGGGCUACGAUUUAUCAUUAGCCAGACAAAAACAUCUAUCAAAUUCGUAUCGGGCACUGCAUGAGAAAAUACGCGCCGCUGGACUCUAUCGUGCUCCUCAGCCGUUUUACGGUUACGGACCGGACCUGCUCCGAUAUUCUGUCCUAUUUCUAGCAUUUUUCUUGACUCAUCCUGCAUUUCCCCUCUUGAAAAAAUACCUGGCGGGCUUCCUACUCGACGCGACCGAUGUUUCAUCAGUGAAGACUCCUUCAACCCUUCGCUGCUUUGUCUCGGCCGUGUUCCUCGGCCUCUGGUGGCAUCAAAUCACUUUUGUUGCCCACGAUGCCGGCCAUUCGGGGAUCACCGGAGAUUGGAUGAAAGAUCGUUUGAUUGGAAUCCUGAUUGGCAAUUUCCUGGGUGGCAUUAGUAUCGGCUGGUGGUGUGACAACCAUGAUGUCCACCACCUCGUGACAAACCAUCCCGAACACGACCCUGACAUCCAACAUUUGCCAUUCUUUGCCAUCUCUACAAGAUUCUUCAAAUCACUCCGUUCGACCUAUUAUAAGCAUACAAUGCGCUUUAAUCGUUUCGCAAAGUUUUCUGUCCAGCACCAGCAUCGGCUCUAUUAUAUUAUCAUGAUGUUUGCAAGAUUUAAUUUACUUUUUAAUUCUUGCCUAUAUCUUGCAACGCGCAAAAAACAAAAGAUGCGGAACUUGGAAAUCGGUGGUAUCAUAUUCUUCUGGGUUUAUUUUGGAACUAUUCUGUCUCUACUCCCCAGUUAUCCAAUCCGACUCAUGUAUUUACUUGUCAGCUUUGCGGUUACCAGUCCGCUUCAUGUUCAAAUCGUAUUAUCCCAUUUUGGCCAAUCAACCGCGGACCUCGGGCUCAAUGAAUGUUUUGCUCACCGGCAGAUAAGGACAACCAUGGACGUCAGCUGUCCAUCUUGGCUGGAUUUUUUGCAUGGUGGUUUGCACAUGCAAGUUACGCAUCACCUCUUCCCCCGUCUUCCUCGUCAUCGACUUCGGCUAGCCUCCGAACAGUUUGUCCAACCGUGGUGCCGCCAAGAGGGCUUGACAUACAGCUCGAUGGGCUUUGUGAAAGGCAACUCAAAAGUGCUCGGGACACUUGAAGAAGUUGCAAAACAGCUGAAGAUUCUGGGAAUUGUCGCAUCUACACAAGCCCAUGGGCUCAAACAUUAA